AUGAUGUCUUAAUUUACAAAAGGUAGAAAUGUAUUAUAAAAUCUAAUUAGGAUUAGCAAAAUGCGACGUAUUUGGUUAGACCAUUACUUUAAGAAUGAAUAAAUAAAAUUUUUACAAGACAGCUUUUGGAGGAUGUGUAUCUCUAGUAUUAUUUAUUACCAUGUUGUUGAUUUUUUCUCAAAAUUUAAUCUCAUUUUUGAAUAAAGAAAAUUUAACUGCCACAGUAUUAACCUCAUUUGAAGAAUUUCCAUCUUUGGCUACCUUGAAUGAUAAUACUUUUGCAUUUGCUAUUCAAAUUGAAUAAAGUGAUUUCAUCUAAAAUCCUUAUUUUAAUAUUUAAGUUGAACAGAAACACAUAAAUAGAUAUUUAAAUGGAUCAAAAAUUGAGAAUACUUCUCAACUUACUCUUAUACCAUGCACAUUAGAUAGAUUUACAAAUAUAUUUAAUAAAUAUGAUGUGAAUAUAACAAAAUAAUUUUAUGAAUUAGAUCUAUAGAAUUUCUUGUGCUUUGAGUAAAAAAUAAUAUAAAUUAGUUUAGUUAUAAUUCUACUUUUACUAUUCAAGGUACCAAUUCAAGUAAAUAUAAUCAAAUAAUUUAAAGAUUAACAAUUUUUGUAUUUGAAAAUUUCAGUAAAUAAUUGUGUUUCAAAUAAAUAAUGUGCUACUGAGACUGAAAGAUAAAAUGAAAUCGAAAAGAAUGGCUCAUUUAAAUUGAAACUUUAUACGGUCAAUUAAGUUUAUUAAAUUUUUAUAUUUUUUAGAUAUUAAAUCCCUAAAAUCCUGAUGAAUAAUUUUUAUAAACUUUCAUUGAUGAUUCUUUUUACUUUAAAUUUUUACCUUCAGAAGUAUUCAAAACAGUAGAUAUCUUUUUAAAAGAAUAUGAAGUACUUAAUGAUUUAAGUUUAACUCCAUUCAGUGAUAUCUAAUUAUCAAAAUUUUAUAUUCUAGAUCAAUCUGAAGUAAAAGAGAGAUUGGAAUUUAAAUCUAAAUCUUCAAAUGAUAUAGCUACUAUAUUCUUUCGAAAAAGUCCUUAUAAAACAACUGUUUACAGAAGUUACUUAAAAAUUGAUGAACUAUUAUCAAAUUUAGGUGGAAUCUAAUAAAUAUUCUUUUUUUUUCUUGGUAUUAUUCUAUCACUUUAUAACAGAUUUUAAUGUAUUAUUUUUAAUUAAAUUAAGUACUUGUAGAAUUAGCCAAUAAAUUAUAUGAAUUUUCUUUAAUACAUUUAUAACAUGAAAAAAUUCAAGAAGAAAAUUUAGAAUAAAUAAAUCAUUUUACUACAGAAAGAUAAGAAGAAUUAAGAACUCGUAGAAUUACUGAUUAAGAUUUAGAAAUUAAACUUGUUAAUCCAAGUUAAAUUAAAUAAAAGGAAAAAAAUGGAAUUUUAAAAUUUGGUUUUAAGCUUAAAGAAGAUGAUUAAGAAAUAAAUGAUUAAGAUGAUGAGGAUAAAAAUAUUAAAGAAAUUCAUAGUAAAUUUUAAAGAACAUCAACUAAAUUAAUUAAAAAUCCAUUUGCAAAUAAAAUCAUACCUGAAAAUGGUUUAUAAUAUUUCAAAUAAUAAAUUAUUACAAUAAUAAAUAGAUCAUAACCAGUUUUAUUAACAUUUAGUAUGAUUAUCAAUUUCAUAACAUGUAAUAAUUGUUGCUCAAACAAAAAGCAUAUUUAAUUAAUGAAUAAAGCUAUGUAAAAUAAACUUAUUUUUCAUUUUAGAGACUAGAUUACCGAUUAGAUAGAUUUAUUUAAUAUACUUACUAAAUUAAAUGAAUUAGAUAAAAUGAAAGAAGUUAUUUUUACACCUGAAUAAUUAUUGAUGUUUAAUUUUACUCCUAAACCAAUGAUAUCAUUAGAUAUGACUAAAAAGACAAUAAAUAGAUAAUAUUUUGAGUAAAGAUCCAAAUGUGAUAUUGAAAUUUAGUAAAAUAUUUAAAUAAUCUUAUAGGCCUAACGAAAGAGAAUAAAAAAAUUAUCAAAAUAGAUUACCUUCCCAAAGAGGAAUGCAUUUAAGAGGGGAUGCUUAAUUAUAUUAGGAUAUUUAUAAUGUAGAAUUAAUUCUAAUAAUAAUAUAGGCAUAUGAUGAAGUUCUUUAAGAUUAACAAGAAAAUAUUAUCAAUUAACAAUUGAUAAAGAAAUUAGGUCCUGAAGUUUAAGCUAUUUUUAAAUUAUCUAAAUAUAUAGAUCAAUAAAAAUUGUCUGCAAGAACAUAAAAAAGGAAGAAUCUAUUAUAAUAACAAGAACCUCCUAGUAUUGAUUGA